AGGCGAAACGCCGGGUCUCCGUUCAUCCAACUUCCCAAUUGUUUUUCUGUCAUUCGCUCCUUUUUGCUUAUACCCCCUUCUUGUGAGUACAUCCCACCCUGUAGAUGUGCUCCUUGCUUGAUAAACCAGAUCCGCAGUCCGAUUUAGGGGCUCGUGUUCUGGAACAGUUAAGGGAAACAUGCUCUGUUGCUGUUAGCUGGUUUCGCUACUAGCACUCCUUUUUUGACCUGAGUUGAUCGUGUUUGAAGCGGAUUUCCGAUCUAAAUUAUUAUAAAUUUUAAAAAACCCUUUUUUUCCAACAAAAAAAAAACAAAAAAACAUCCAAAGAAAAGAGUUGAAAUUCUUCGACUCUUCUCGACUUUUGCUCAAUUUUCACUCGACUUCUAGAAUACUUAUUCUAGAAGAAGUACGCUUUCCAACUUUCCUUCUCUUUUUUCUCAUCCCAAUCCCUUCCCAAAUCCCUGCACCUGUUAUGUUAUGCAUGCUCCCCUUUGUCCCCCAACAUGGAUCGAUGGAUCGAACGAUGGAUGGAUUCUCUGGAACUGUUACUGGAACAGUCUCUCGUGCUUCGGACAAUCGAUGGAUACUUCUACAUCCCUCUCUCUUUCCCCUUCCCCCUCUUUGUUGGAAAGUUAGUACGAAACUUCUGAAAUCAGAAGUUUCUCAUUCAUUUUCUCAUUUAGUAUCAAACUUCUAAAAACAGAAGUUCAACUUCUACAAACAGAAGUUUAAAUAUAACACCGCUAAGACAACUGUCUGAAACGGGAGAUCGGAAUUGAGGCUUAAACAGAUCAUACACCGUACUCAGAGGUAGCGAAUAAAGGCUAAUGACCAACAUCAUGCUAGUACUUCUGUUCCUAACGAACAAUGAGAACCGAUGUUGGGUUCAUACUGCGAUACGAUCGGGCGGUUCUUUCUCUAUGGAAUACUUGGGUGAUGAUGUACAGUUCUUACGGUGUAGAGCAUCACAUGAAGAAGCAACUCCUAUUCUAAACUAUCGCCACCACCUGCAUAAUCACCAAGCAACAGCAAGGAGCAGUAAAAGGACGACCGAGAACAACAGAAGAAGAAGGAACGAACAACGACGGAAAGAAGACAUGGACAAAAGGUGGCAAUAGUAUGGAGUUGAAUUGGAACGAGAUCUCACUCAAAAGAUCUCGAGCGACGAUGGAUCGGGAUGGAUCGGGAUGGAUUGGGAUGGAUCGGGAUGGAUCGGGAUGGAUCGGGAUGGAUCGGGAUGGAUCGGGAUGGAUCGGGACGGAUCGGGAUGGAUCGGGACGGAUCGGGAUGGAUCGGGAUGGAUGGGGACGGAUUGGGAUGGAUUGGGAUGGAUCGGGAUGGAUUGGAAUAGAUCGGGAUGGAUCGGGAUGGAUCGGGAUGGAUCGGGACGGAUUGGGAUGGAUCGGGAUGGAUCGGGAUGGAUCGAGAUAGAUCGGUAUGGAGUGGGAUGGAUGAAUCGGGAUGGAUAGAUGGAAUCGGGUAAAGGCGAGAACAGCUACGACGACGACGACGACGACGACGACGACGACGACGACGACGACAACAACGACAACAACAAAGGAUCGGGAUGGAUGAAUCGAGAAAAAUUUAAACAAUGCUUUAGAUAAUCUGAUUUUUUACAGAUCGACGCGACGACGAAGAUCUGGAUGGGUGAAUCGGAAUACAUCGGGAUGAGUCGGGAUGGAGAAUCGGCAUGGUUGGAUCGGGAGGCGAGAGCAAGGAGAAGGACCACAACGACAAGGACAAUAAAGGAUCGGAAUGAUCUGCGAUAAAAGCGACGACGACGAACAGGAUGGAUGGAUCGGAAUAGAUCAGAAUGGAUCGGGAUGGUUGGAUCGGGAGAAGGCGAUAACCACGGCAACGACGACGAUGACGAGGACAAUAAAGGACCGGAAUGAGAUCUACGAUAAAGACGACGACGAAGGAUGGAACGGAACGAAAUCAGGAUACAACACUCUAUAA